GAGGGAGAGACACAGAGACACAUCGGGAGAGAGACGGAGAGACGACACAGAGAGGAUCUGACACACCCCAACUCCGGGCUGAGCGGCGGGUGGGGGUCCCCAUGGCCGGGAAACAGGGCGAGGUGGUGGGCAUCUGCACCAGUUACCAGGCGGUGAUGCCCACCUUCGUCGGGAUGGCCGAGGAGUUCCCGCCGUCGCCCCGUCGGCAGCCGCAGCGGAGCCGAGUCAAGCAGCGGCGGUCCAGGGAGGCGUCGCGGUUCAAGACCCAACCGGUCACCUUCGACGAGAUCCAGGAGGUGGAGGAGGAGGGCGUCUCCCCUCUGGAGGAGGAGAAGGCCAAGAAGUCGUUCCUGCAGUCGCUCGAGUGUCUGCGGAGGAGCGCACACACCGCGCGGGUCCAGAAACCCGCGCUGAGCGGCUCCAAACUCAGACACAGUCUGGACUCCAGCGACUCGGAUUCAGCGCAUUGACCGUUCCAGGCAAUCGCCUUCCAACCCCCACACAACCCCCCC